CUAAUUUAAUUAUUUUAAAUGGAAAAUAUUUUUAUUGAAUUUGGUUUAAUAAUAUAUUAUAAUAUAUUUGAUGACCUAAUCCUAUAACUCUAAAAUAAUUAGAAAUAAUACGACUAAAAUCGUAUGCUGAAAAAAUAAACGCACUUAUCGGCAACACUGCUGACCAGCGAAAAUCAUAAACAUAAACAAAAUUAGCUGUGCUGCUCAAACAAAAAAAGCAUCGGAUCAUGCCGCGAGUGUCCAAAAAACGAAGAGCAGCAAUCCUGCGGUGCAGCCAGAGGAAGAAGAGGGCAGCGGACAAUCACCCGGACCAGAUCCGCACGUCUGCGGCACCGGUGGACCCUGAUUUGUUGGCAAUUGAGCAGCCAGACGGAUCAAUUGAAGAUGACUACCUGGAAUAUGAAACGCCGAGCCUCCCUUCGUUCUUGCCAGAUUCUGAUUCAGAACCAAAUAUUCCGCUACCUCCGGAUGACGCAGACGACACACCAUCAAACGAGCGACUGGAUGCCCAUGCAAACAGUAUUGCGAAUUUACCGCCAACGGAUUAUGAUCAGUUGUCGCUGCCAGAACUACCGUCUGUCGAUAUGUUUGAGGUUCUGUGGUCGGAAAACAAUCCAUUGGACUUCUCAGAUGAUCUACCUAUCGAGCCGUCUUCGGUUCCGUCAGGCUUCGUAUGUACUGAUACGCCAUAUGAUGACAACUUUAUUGACGACUGGCAUGCCCUUCGGGAUACUCCGCUAUUGCAAAAUGAUGGGGGAGUUGACGGAAAAUCAGCGAGUAGCUUCGAUGCGGAAUUCUCCAGGGAUGUGCGUGUUGAGCCUGUUCUUGCUACUACACUUGACUCCAAACACCCGUCACCGUGUGUUUCACCUUGUUCCAUCAGUAGCCGUAUACAAGUCGACGAAACUGGAGAAGGUGUAUAUACCCAGCUGGAACAUGUGUCGUCGACUACUUCGAUGGAAGUACUGGCGAAUAGCACCAUGAUACAGAGUUCAAGCCAUUCGAACCUAGCUCUCGGUAAGUUCUUUAAAUUAUUAUUCUACAGCAGAGGUUCUCAAACGAUUUCAAGUAACGACUCACUUAUCAUGCAAUUUUGCGACCCUUCUGCAUCACACCAGAGUUGCAAGUAACUUUUUACUAAAACUCUUAAUAUAAAAGUCAUAGUGCAUUAUGUGUGGUUACUAUUUUGUAGUACAAUUUUACAACUAGUACAACUCAGAUUGCAGCUUUUGUAUUCAAACUCAGCGAUAUUUGAAGCAUUCAGGGAAGCUUUCCCACAUGCUCAUAUCAAUGAUUUUAACCCUUUGGAGCCGGAGGGGUCAUAUAUGACCUCAACAUAGAAACGGCUGUAUAAAUUCACCCCUUCAGCAAAACAGAAUACUGUCUUCGGCAAAGUGUUGCAAAUUGAGUCCUCUAUUAAGUAAAAAUGGGAAUAUUUGUAUUUGAGACUUCAUUGAUAACCUAGAACAUCCUGAACACUUUGAAAUUUGGGAACACUAAAUAAUUGACAUACCAGUUGUUCUAAAAGCUGAACUUGGAUAUGGGUUACGUUUAUAUGUAUUCAUUAACCCUUGGUCAAGCAUAUCAAGUGAUGUUUUAUAUUCUGGGAUGUUCUAGGUAUUCCAAAUUGUCCUAGAGUGAAGUCUUUCAAAUCUACAAGAAUAAUGAUAUGUAUUUUCGCCACAAAUAAUAGCAUUGCAUAACCAACUGUUAUCCCUGAAGCUCUUGACAUCUACAAUGUCAUUUAGAGACACUAUAGGGAUAUUCCAGGUCAGCCAAACUACCUUGGAGUUCAGAACUUCAGGUCUACACUUGUAACAGUAGCCAUAUUUGUUAAACUGAGUAACGCUGCAUAAAUAACCGCGGUUACUGGAGCCAUCUGAAGUCUACUGCUCAUUUUAACUCUUUGGUACAUUUAGGGUCGUCCAAACUGUUCUAUAAUGAAGUCCUUCAAAUCUACAAGAAUAACUCUAUGUGUUUUCGUCAUAAAUAUUAGUAUUGCAUAAUCUGCUGGGAUCCCUGAAGCUCUUAAAAUCUCAAAUGUCAUUAAGAGACACUAUAGGGAUAUUUCAGGUCAGCCAAACUACCUUGGAGUUCAGACCUUCAGGUCUACACUCGUAACAGUAGCCAUAGCUGUUUAACUGAGUAACGAAGCAUAAUCAACCGCGGUUACUGGAACAAUCUGAAGUCUUCUUGCUUAUUAUAACCCUUUGGGAUAUUCACGGCCGUCCAAACUGUUCUAUAAUGAAGCUCUUCAAAUCUACAAGAAUGUCUUUAUGUGUUUUCACCACAAAUAAUAGUAUUGCAUAAUUUGCUGGGAUCUUAAAAUCUCAAAUGUCAUUUAGAGACACUAUAGGGAUAUUUCAGGUCAGUCAAACUACCUUGGAGUUCAGAACUACAGGUCUACAUUCGUAACAACAGCCAUAUACGCAAUACUAAGUAACGUUGCAUAUUUAUCUGUGGUUACUGGACCAAUCUGAAGGCUACUUUUAAUUAUUAACCUUUGGGACAUUCAGGGUCGGGCAAACUGUUCUAAAAUGGAGUCCUUCAAUUCUACAAGAAAAACUUUGUGUUUUCGCCAUAAAUAACAGCAUAGCAUAAUCUGCUGAGAUCCGAGAAGCUCUUGAAAUCUUAAAAGUUAUUUAGAGACACUAUGGAAAUAUUCCAGGUCAGCCAAACUAUCUUGGAGUUUAGAUUAUCCCGAACUACUACUAUGUCAUAGUCUCUGGUUAUAUUCUGUGAGCUCCAGUAAGUAUAAUAGAUUAUACAACA